GCCCCGGAUCCGAGGAUGGAGCCGCGGGCGCGGUGGGCGGAGCAGGAGGGGCCCGAGUAUUGGGAUCAGGAGACGCGAAAGGCCAACGAUGACGCACAGACUUUCCGAGUGAACCUGAACACCCUGCGCGGCUACUACAACCAAAGCGAGGCCGGGUCUCACACCCUCCAGUGUAUGUACGGCUGCGACGUGGGGCCGGACGGGCUUCUCCUCCGCGGGUUCAUGCAGUACGGCUACGAGGGCAGAGAUUACAUCGCCCUUAACGAGGACCUGCGCUCCUGGACCGCGGCGGACACGGCGGCUCAGGUCUCCAAGCGCAAUGCUGUGGCGGCAGGUGCUGCGGAUCACUACAGGAACUACCUGGUGGGCGAGUGCGUGGCGUGGCUCCUCAGACACCUGGAGACCGGGAAGGACACGCUGCUGCGCGCAGACCCUCCAAAGGCACAUGUGACCCAUCACCCCAUCUCUGAGCGUGAGGUCACCCUGAGGUGCUGGGCCCUGGGCUUCUACCCUGAGGAGAUCUCACUGACCUGGCAGCGCAAUGGGGAGGACCAGACCCAGGACAUGGAGCUUGUGGAGACCAGGCCUUCAGGGGACGGGACCUUCCAGAAGUGGGCAGCCCUGGUGGUGCCUUCUGGAGAGGAACAAAGAUACACGUGCCGUGUGCAGCACGAGGGGCUUCAGGAGCCCCUCACCCUGAGAUGGGAACCUCCUCAGACCUCCUUCCUCACCAUGGGCAUCAUUAUUGGCCUGGUUCUCCUCCUGGUGGCUGUGGUGACUGGAGCUGUGAUCUGGAGGAAGAAGCGCUCAGGUGAAAAACGAGGGACCUACACCCAGGCUGCAAUGUGAGACGCUGCCUUGUGGGGACUGAGUGACGCUGCAUCCUGCUAUGUGACAUCAGAUCCCGGGACCCCUCUUUCUGCAGCUGCACCUGAAUGUGUCUGUGCUCCUAGUAGCAUAACGUGAGGAGGUGGGAAGACUGGUCACCCCUGCUCACUCUGCCCCCUCCCGCCUGACCUGUGUUCUCCUCCCUGAUACACUGUCCUGUUCCAGCAGAGACGGGGCUGGGCCAUCUCAAUCCCUGUCUUUGCAUCAUAUGCACUGAGUAAUGAUGUCUUAUUUCCUUAUUGAAAAUAAAAUCUGUAUAUAUGAAUUUUUUUUUCUAGUUAGUGCCAUGAAGGGGCAUCAGAUAAUAAAGGUGAGGAUUCUUAAAGUUUGGAAGAGGAAAUAAAUGGAAACACUGAGAA